GAGGGAGAGAGAGAGAAGGCAGCAGCAGGGGAUGAACACACACACACACACAAGCACAGGCAGAAAUGUGAAGAGGGAAGAGGGAGCUCACACACACCUCUCCUGAUUCAGCGGAACAGAUUUAUUAUUCGUCACCUCUCCCUGCAGCCUCACGCAGUGAGACUGCUGCAACACACGAGACAAUCCCGAACCUCAGCAGCACCUGCCCCGUUCGUCAACCCGCCUGUCUGUCUGCGCAGAUUAGCGUCUCCGUUACAACUCUGACUGCGUUGCUUACUGGCGUCCACUGCAGCUGAGAGACGGAGAGGAGAGCGGCGGCUGGAACCCACCAGAGAGACGAGCAGCGAAUGACCCCCCUGCGGGGAGAUGUCCAUCAUUAUGGGAUAGAUGCACAGGUCUGCUCGUUGCCAUGGAUACCAGCACGCGUAAAUUCACUGUGCGGAGAUGGUUUUCAAUCUACCUGAAGAACAAGGCAGCAAGGAACAAGAACAGCACAGGCUUCUGUCAACUAGAGGGGCAUCUGGCUCUCUGUCCUCAGGAUGACAGCAUACUGAAGGAGAUUGACAUCAGCCACCAUGUUAAAGAGGGUUGUGAGAAAGCAGACCCCUCUCAGUUCCAGCUGCUCAAGGUGCUGGGACAAGGAUCCUAUGGAAAGGUGUUUCUGGUGAGAAAGAUCAGAGGAUUGGACAGAGGACAGCUGUAUGCCAUGAAAGUCCUGAAGAAAGCCACGUUGAAAGUGCGAGAUCGUGUGCGAUCCAAGAUGGAAAGAGACAUUUUGGCAGAAGUGAACCAUCCAUUUAUAGUUAAACUGCACUAUGCCUUCCAGACAGAAGGGAAGCUCUAUCUGAUUCUAGACUUCCUCCGGGGAGGAGACCUCUUCACUCGUCUGUCAAAGGAGGUCAUGUUCACAGAAGAGGAUGUAAAGUUUUACCUUGCAGAGUUGGCCCUGGCCUUGGACCAUCUACACAGUUUAGGGAUCAUCUACAGGGACCUCAAACCUGAAAAUAUUCUUCUGGAUGAAGAAGGACACAUCAAAAUAACUGACUUUGGAUUGAGUAAGGAAGCCAUCGACCAUGACAAAAGAGCGUAUUCCUUCUGUGGAACUAUAGAGUACAUGGCUCCAGAGGUCGUCAACAGGAGAGGGCAUACACAGAGUGCUGACUGGUGGUCGUUUGGGGUACUUAUGUUUGAGAUGUUGACAGGAUCGUUACCAUUCCAGGGAAAAGAUCGAAAAGAAACAAUGGCCCUUAUUCUGAAGGCCAAAUUGGGAAUGCCACAGUUCCUCAGUCCUGAAGUGCAGAGUUUAUUAAGAGCUCUCUUCAAGAGGAACCCUGCUAAUCGAUUAGGUGCAGGUCCAGAAGGAGUGGAAGAAAUAAAGAGACAUCGUUUCUUUGCAUCGAUAGACUGGAAUAAGUUGUACAGGAAGGAAAUGAGGCCUCCGUUCAAACCAACAGUUGGAAGACCUGAGGACACAUUUCAUUUCGACCCCGAGUUCACCUCCAGAACACCCACUGAUUCCCCUGGCAUCCCUCCCAGCGCAAACACACACCAGUUGUUUCGUGGUUUCAGCUUUGUGGCAACCAAUCAAAGUCAGGAGCCUAGUGUUGCUACGGUAACACCUUCCCGCCAGGAAGUGAACAACAUUAACCCUAUAGCACAGCAUCUCCGUGGUGAUGUGGCCUUCAGUGAUGUUUAUGAGCUGAAGGAAGAAGUUGGACAGACAGCGACCUCUGUCUACAAAAGAUGUCUGCACAGAGUCACAGCUGUGGAGUAUUCAGUAAAGAUUAUUGAAAGAGCGAGGAAAGAUCCAUCAGAAGAGAUUGAGAUUCUGUUGAGAUAUGGACAGCAUCCGAAUAUUAUUACCCUGAAGGAUGUGUUUGAUGAUGGCCAGACUGUGUUUCUGGUGCAGGAUUUACUGAGAGGAGAAGAGCUGCUGGAUAGAAUAUUGAUGGUGCCAAAUUUUAUAGAGAAAGAUGCAUCAGACAUCAUCUGCACGCUGACCAAGACUGUGGAAUAUUUACACUCACAGGGGGUUGUGCAUCGGGAUCUGAAGCCCAGCAACAUUCGCUAUUCUGAUGACAGAGGACUCCCAGAAUGCAUCAGGAUAUGCGAUUUUGGCUUUGCCAAACAGCUCAGGGCUGAAAAUGGCUUAUUGAUGACCCCUUGUUAUACAGCUACAUUCAUGGCUCCUGAGGUUCUGAGGAAGCAGGGUUAUGAUGCAGCCUGUGACAUCUGGAGCUUGGGCAUCCUGCUCUACACCAUGAUAGCUGGUUUUAGCCCAUUUGCCAGCAGUUCUGAGGACACAGCAGAGGAGAUUCUGGCUCAAAUUGGCAGCGGGAAAUUCACCAUCACAGGAGGAAACUGGGACCUGGUGUCAGAUUCUGCCAAGGACAUUGUGGUUAAAAUGCUCCAUGUGGAUCCUCACCAGCGCCUGACUGCCCCCCAGGUCCUUCGCCAUCCCUGGAUUGUAGAGAGAGACCAGCUCUCUGACAGAGUUCUCACCAGACAAGAUCCACUCACUGUCAAGGGGGCACUAUCCGCCACCUACUCUGCUCUGAGGCGCUGUGCUCCUGCUCCAGUCCUGGAGCCUGUUCAGUCCUCUAGUCUGGCCCAGCGGCGAGGGAUGAAGAAACUGGGGAGUCCUAAUGUUAAUUCAGACGCUAAAGAAAAGGAGUAGUCUCAACAAUCUCAAUGGAACUCUAAAUAAAUUAAAUACAGACCCACAUUAUUAUAGAAGAUGUACUCACUUUUUGAAAAGCACAAACCUUGUUACAAAGUGCUGAUGUACCCAAAACCUGAAAUGAACAGAUCUAAUAAAUCCAUGCCCAAAGGGACAAAACCUAAUUAACUGUAACAAUAAAGCAGUCAACUAGCACUGACAUCAGGAUUAACUCCAGUUCACUCAAUUCAAAAUGUAAAAUUUAAACCUUCAAACUUCAACCAAAUGUGUUAGUGUGUGAUGUAACAGCCAUCAUGUCCACUUGCACCUAGAACUGGAACUCUAAAAUUGACCAGACGUUAGUAUAAAAAAUAGCUAGAAAUGGCACUAAUAAUGUCAUUUUUUUCUAGGAACUGUCCUUUAACUCCACUUAAUGUUAUUGAAAUUCAAUAUGAACACAUGAAUAUUUUACUUGUAUUUGGUCAUACAUGCCAGAAUACAAUUAGGCCUGUAGUGAAAUAUAUGCUACACAGAUAAACUGGUACUUCAUCCAUAUUCAUGGUAGCUCCAGCAGCUGAGAGUGGGACACAGCAGUCUGGCCGCCAAAAAUCAGAUAAAGCAGUAUUCAGUGCCACAAACAACAUGCCAAGUAGUCAGUUCACUUUAUUUCUCAUGUUUAGCACAUACUACACAUGUAUGUCACCAGGAGUUCAUGGACAGCCAAGCAUUAAUAACGUCUUCCACAGUCAUUAAUCUACAGUAACAUACUGUAUGUUUGAAUGAGGCGAUGUCAUUCACAUUAUGCUGUUUUUUCCUGCAACCAAUCUUCUGAAUUCUACAGACAUAUAUGCAUGUUAAAAAUGUAAAUAUCCUACCAAAGGGAAUUAUUACUACUUAAGUUGAUAAUACCAUUGAAGUCUUAUUGUUCAUAAUAUGCUUAAUAAUUUUACUGUAUGUAUUGUUGUCUUCCAUAAAUACAGCCUUUGACUCUUUGAAAAUGUAUUGCUAAAUGUUAUCACUACCGCACUUCCCAAAUCUGAUGGAACAGUUAGCUAUGAAGGUAUUUAUGUUGAACCUAAUAUGUUUCUUCAUAACAUUUUCAAAUUGUUAUUUGGCUUACGAGUAGUCAUAGAAGCAGGUAAAACUGGAGAGUACAGGAUGGCUCUCUGGUUAAUGCCACUUCCAUAGCAAAACUCUGCAGCCUAUAGUACUUUGUAUUAUUGAAUCAGCAUUCAGCGUAAUAGUUCAUUAUUCUGUGUGUUCUCCAGUGUGUCGAGUAGCUUCCAUUAGGCUUCUUUUUGCUGUUAGUAUUUGAGAGCCAAAAUAUUUGAGAAUCACUGUGUGAGAAGAUUGUAUAUACUGUCUAUUGCUGCUGCCCUGAUUGUAUGUAAUAAGUUGUACAAUCACAAAUACGAGGUAAGAUUGAACAGGGUGUUUUGCAGAUAUGAGUAGUGCACUUUGUGUUGUACAUUUACAGUGUUGCACAAUUUACCAGUAGAAAUGAAGAUUAUGAUCCACACAAAUACACACACUUACUGUACAGAGGUAAAACCAUAUUGUGAUGUGCAACCGAUGAGUAGUGAUACAGUAAUGCUGUACAUAUAAUGUAAUGUAUUGUGUUGCACUGCACAACUGUGAGAUUUGAAGCUGGGACUGGUAGCACUGAUGCAAUUAUGAGUAUGCAGAUAAGGUUGUAUCUUGUGUUGUACAACCAUAAGUUAGAGGUAAAGCUGUAAAUAUUACUUACUGAUUUAGAUUGUACAUACUGUUGUGCAAAACCACCAGUCAGAGAUUAGAUUGUGUAUAUAUAGUGCUGUACAAUUAUCAGCAAGCAGUCAGAGUGUUUAUAUUGUGUGUGCAGAUACAUUGAGAUUGUACAUAUUAUAUUGUGUUGUGCAUCCAUUGCUCAGAGUGUAAAUACUGUCUAUACCUGGCCAAUCAUUUAAAUUGUUGGCUAGAAUGCCAAAGUUUUACAAAUAAAGGAAAAGAACAGAAACAGUG